AUGCCGAUUACAGCCAUAUAUGAUCGAUACUUUGAAAGUUUGAUUCUUCUGCUGAUGACUGUGCUGGCCAUCCUGGGAGCGGCCACCGGAAGUGAUGACGCCAAGAGAUCAGCAAAAUCCAGCAAAGAUUCGGUGAUAACGGUUAUCAAGCACCUGGACAACGAAACCAUCAAAACGGCCAAAUCUCUAACGUCCCCCCAAUCGAAAUCCGGUCGUGCCAAAAAGUCCAGCCACAAAUCAACGCCGAUCACGUAUAUUACCACGUUGGCCGAUUCCGGACAUAUGUAUUACGGUGGCGGAAAAACGCUGCAGAAAAAGAACGGCAAAGCACACGAAGACAAGUCAGCCGUCGAUCAUUCUGUUGCGAUCCAAAAUCAUCAUCAUCACCAGCAGCAGCAGAAAAAGGCCAAGAAACAGCAUCAUUAUUCGGAAAAAUCUGCCGGAAAAUCGCUCGAGGUUACAUCGCCGCUCAAGGAACCGCAGUCCAAUCCGGAGCUGUUCAGCAAACUGGGACUCAGCAAGCUGCACGUCUCCUCCAACCACCACAAGAAGCGAUUAGCGGUGGAGUCCCGUCAUCACGGUCGACCCGAUGACUCACAUAUGUUCGUGAUCAAGCUGCCACCGAAUCCGUACUACUACACCAACAAUGGACCGGUCCCGGCGCCGAACGCCAUCGAUGAUGUAGGCAAAAAGGACGUGAAAAAAGGAUCCAAGACCACAAAUUCAAAUAGUUUGGCAAUAGAACAUAAAGCAGAGAUUCUACGUUGCUUGCACGUCUAUGUGUUUCAUCUAUCACCUUAUUCAGACCAUAAGAGACCAUCUGCCAUAAAAACGUUGACUCCUGACUUUGGCGGUAUAUCAGGCGGCCAGGGAGGAUACGCCACCAAUUUCGGCAGUGGACUAAGUGGCGGUGCCGAGAGUCAAGUCAUAGCGGCCGUAUUCAAAACGUUGGUUAGCCGAUUCGUCGAAGCGCUUAAAGAUCUCAAGGGCCAAGAAAAUAUUGCGCUGUACUGUGAUGUUCGUCAGUUGGUCACUUACGUCAAGGGGGCCCAUGGAGGACCAUUCCGGCGUGUCGCUCUCAGUGGUAUCCUGGCGGUCACUCCACGACCCCACAAACAAGCUCCAAACAUGCAAACCACCCGAGUGAUAAGACAUAUACCACCCAAUGAGAUACAAACAAUUCAACAGGACGAAAAGGCCCAACGGAAGCUACUGUUCAAGAAGAAAAGCACGUCUUCCACGUGUGCCUUCGUACCGCUGUUAUUGCAGAGCUUGUUGGAAACGGAAGGAUUGGAAGAGCACUGUCGAGUGAGUCAAAGCCCUUUGGGUAACAUGCGGCGCAAGGGAGCACCUGUAAGGCCAACUUUGACACCUCGGCAAAGUGAGCGGGCACUGUUGUCCGAUUCUACGUCCAGUUCCGAGCGGAACUCUGUAGGGCGACUCAGUGGUAUCGUGCGCUGGUUCAGGGGAUCAAAAGAUCGCGAGUCCAUCGAUCUUGAGUCUGGAAUCAUGGGUAGCUCCGAAAUUGCUUCAAACAUGAGAAAAGGUUCAAUGACAUUUCAUGCGAGAGCCAGAGCAACCGAGGGUAUUGGACGUUCUAUCCAACGUGCCAGAAGACGUGUCGAAAGACGUUUGGGUCGACUUGGCAUUGGUAAAGGUAAAAAGAAAGUUGGAGGAUCCGAAGAUGUUUCAGGAAGCUAUUUUAGUCGACGCAGCUCGUAUGAUAUGGCUGAAGGACCACGUGAGUCUGAAGUUGUAGUCCUCAAGGAACGCCGAUUGAUCCCAACAGAUCCGGUACGAGACGGAAUGGCUAGAUUUUCGUUUUUGCUGGAAACGUGCGCUCCGGGCUCCAUUCCCGACCCUCCGUUAAUAGCUGCUUUGCUGGAUCUUCCACAGGCUCCAAUAGUUGCAAGAGCUGCGUUGCUCAUAGAAUGUGCUCAUUUUGUACACCUCUGUAAUAGGGGUCAAUGGCCAAGCUGGAUGAAACAGAACAUACCGUCAUUCCGACCCUCUGGUCCCGCCAUGGGUAAUCGAACAUCGAUGGCAGCUGGCGCUCGAAGAAUUCACAUCCUACAACGAGCAGCCGGAAAAAUGUUUCACCAGUGGGGAGAAGCCUUAGGAUUCCGGUUAGAUGACAUGAUAGCUAAUGAGAAGAAAUCUUACGAUCAAGUUUCAUCGAGCAUGUCAGAUCAGGAGAAGCAAAAACAACUAUUGCAACAGGAUGAAGAAGAAGAUUUCUUAGACGAAAUGAGCGUAAAUCCUCAUGGUAACGAUUGUCCGCCGGCUUUGAAAUUAGUUGCUUGCAUUCUCCUGUUGGAAAUCACUGGUUUUCUGCGAGAAACAUACCAAACAUUACCAAAAACUUCCAGAUUGUCCACCAAAGAGAAGCAGGGACCUUGGGAUAAGGUUUGCCGCGAGACGAACCGCCGAUGGUCCAUGGCCCUUAGUUCGAUGGGCCAUUCCCAGACAUCUGCUCAAAGUUUACAAUCGAUCGCAGGUCAAACGGAAAGAAAAAUUUCGUUUGUCUUGCAAGAACCGGACAACGAGUCGGAAGGUAGCAGUAACACGACCCUGACAAUUCAAGGAGAAGAAAUAAUUCCACAAGCCCCUAAGCGUUCCAUCACCACUACGCGAAACUUCCUUUUGCGGCGCGGAACAUCCACCACCCCCGCUGGUGGUUCCUUCAAACGACGAUCUUUGAAACUAAGGCGUGGAGCCAAGGAUGUCAAGGAUGUAAAUGAUGAUUAUCCUGUCCGCCGUACUGAUUCGAUACAGUCUAGACGCAAAGUUUCAUCGCUAUCCGAUCGAAGCGACAAUUCCGAACCAGGGCAGGUUAGCGGCGGUGAAGAGUCCCCCGGAAUUUUAAGUGACGACCAACCACCGGAAUCCCCCUGUGAUUCAAAUGAUUCAGACGAGACGGCCAAAAAUCUACCAUGGCUUCGUUCCGUAACGGCGUUUCUAAACUCGUUCAAUUUCUACUGUGACCAUCAAAACUACUGUCACCCGUAUUGCUACCGACGCCACAUGCGAGCGGCAACUCGCCUCAUUAAGGCAGUCAGGAAGGUUUACGGAGAAGAAUUCGGAUUGUUACCGAUGGCUUUCACUCACGUGACAGAUUCCGCUAAGAACAGCGCCCGUCGUGAUCGAACCAAACAAGGGCGCAAGGUUUCGGAUCAGAGCUCUUCGCAAACAUCUCCUUCACGCAGAAAGGACAGCAUCUGCAAGCGAGACAGAAUAAAUCAGGACGAUUCCGAGCCUAAUACUUCACAGUAUUCCCAGCGUAUCGAUGAUACGAAAAAGACGCAAGAAACACCACUGGUAUUGAAGUACAUUAAAAACCACGUGCGCGAUUUGUUCCACGUGCCCCUGGCCACAUUGACAAAAGGAGCAUCGGUGUUAACGGAAGAGCAGUUUGUUGAUGUGAUUCCGGUAGCGUGGGAGUUGCUGCUUGAAACCAACCAAGAGGUGUCCGCGGCUUCGGCUGCACUUUUCAUACUGGCUUCGGUCAAGGCUCCCACGACGGCUUCGGAGUUGAUGCAGAAGGCAUUGAAGCACAAAAAUCCAAACGUGCGAAUUGAGGCCAUGCUGCGCUACCAGGUUCUGUGGAAGAAUCGCUUCCAGGUCUGGCCCCGGAUGGAGGAGGGCGCUCAUUUGAGUUUCAAGAUUCCACCUCCCGGCAUAGAGUUCACGUUGCCAUCGCCGAAAAUUGGAAUCGAAAGCUUACCGGUGGUCGAUCCUCCCUGGAGUCCCCGUCAGCAGAACAAGGACAUGGAAGUGACACUCAAUCAGGAGAGACACCGCUCCCUGGUGACGGCAACAAAAACGCGCAAAAAGCAACAGACGGAAGCCAUCCGCCACGCCAUCCAGCAACAGGAAGAUAAACAACGUUCCGAACGGCAAAGUUUCCUAAUCACGACCAUUCCGGUGACGCAGCAAGCCGCCUAUGAGCCAGGUCUCGAUCAUGGCCCUGGCGAGGAUCACAUCGAGGAGGAAGAGGAUGGUGCCCGAUCGGCAAUUCACAUGCAUGCCGCCCAUUCCGUUUUCCCCUCGUGUUUGUGUUCCUCGGUAAUGCAGAUCGUGGCCUGCCUGGACGAUGCCGCAGUCAAUGCCGACGGAUGUGCCGUGUACGAAACGGCUUAUCAGGUAAUCUGGCUGUGCCUGGUGGAAGAUUCCGCUCUGUUUUUGCGCUACGUCCUCGAGCGACUAACCCGGGACCAUCAGGAUCAGAUGUUUAAACUGUUGCGCCACUUGAUCCGUUUCGUGCCCCGGCUACCCCAACAGGCAGCUUUUGCUCUCUACAACUACAUCAUCGGCUAUGUCAUGUUCUACGUGCGCUCGACACAUGAAUGCAGCCAGCAGCUCGUUGGCUCAGCAUUGUCUAUUUUGUGGAUGGUAGUUCACAGCGUGCACGGUAUCAUGUUUAAAGAUCUGAAGCAAAUUCUACGAAAGGAACAAUGCGAUGCAUCCAUUCUGCUUACCGCAAAUGUGCCGUCGGCCAAAAAGAUUGUUGUUCAUGGACCAGAAGACGAAGGGGGCAUUCCUUCUCAAUUCCCGGUUCAAGAAGAUACGCAGUUUACCCAGUUACUGACGGAGUCGUUGGACUUCUUCGGAAUCGACGAGAAGAAGUUCCACCAAUACGUGCUGGUGGAUUAUAAAUCUCAACAGAUUCUGAACCCCAACUGGUAUGUAAGGGAUUUAUAUUUUUUCAAGCGGUCCCAAUAUCCUCAACUUCGCUUGGUGGAGAUGAAACCGGAAGAAGCGUUCAACGCUUUGCAAAGGCAGGAGUUGUACAAAAAGUUUGUUGAAAUAGGAAAAGUGCACCUCACUUGGGCUAUUCUUAAGAACGUCGAUAUGGUAGUUCAGAGGGUUGUAUUCUUACACGAAGAGUUGAUGAAACUACCGUCAUUCCCGCGGAAAGCUCUGGAAGUCGACCUCGAUCUACAUCAGGGCGGAGAACUGGGCAAAGAAUUGCUUGGACUGGAUGUACUUCACAAAUUUAUGUGGGUUCGGCUGAUAGCGAGAAUGUUCGAAGCAAUGGCUGGGAAUUUCGCAUACUCGGCAGAUAUUCAGUUAUUUUUAAAUGUGCUCUCUGGAGCUGCCCUUCUUCACUCCGAAGAUUCGUGCAUCAUGCGCUACGUCACUGCUACCUUUAUCAACGCGGCAUUUAAUUUCAAGAAUAUCUUUUCAACCAACGGAUAUUUUAUGAUCAUGCCGACCUUACUUCAGGUGUAUUCCUUACACCAGACCAACAAACUAGUGACAACUACCAUCGAGUACGCAGUCAAACAGUUCUACCUCUUGAAUAGGAAACCCUUUAUUCUGCAAAUGUUUGGCUCUGUGUCGGCCAUUCUGGAUACCGAUGAAGAUGGAGCCUACGGUGAGGCUCACAAGGUGCAGUCGAGUUGCCUUUUCAAUUUGCUGCUAAGUUUGGAGACACCAUCUCCGGAUCCACUGAAUAUUGCUGAGCUGGUUAAAGAAUCAAAGCCGCUAAAAGCGAUCGAUUUUUGCUAUCACGACGAAGAUGAAAUGGUCACGGUACUAGAUUGUAUAACCCUGUGUGUUAUGGUCGUUUCCUAUUCAGCUGAAAGCACCCGUGGGUACCAGAUGUUGAUAAUUCUCGAAGCGAUUUUACCAUGUUACAUUCAGCAAAUACAGCUACCUAGCUAUAUACCGUUGGAAGGAAAAUGUGAACGUGACAUCAUCCUACAGCUGGCUGUUGCCAUCAGAACCAUGGUUCACAAUUGCGAAGGCCUAUCCAAGAGCUACAAUGGGCCAUUUCGAAACAGUCCGGAGCACAAGGGCUCUAGCCAGAGAAAUUGUUCCCGCGGCCCUCCCUGUUCACCGGGUCUGGAUUUCGAGGAGGAAUCCCACUCAAAAUACGUCAGCGAUAUAAGUCGAACCAAAAUUUUGAACGAAUCCGUGGAAGACUCGGAAACCAUCCGAGCGGAGUAUCGUAGGCCACGUGAUGUGCUACUUUCAGUCGUAGGAGAGUUUAUUACCCGAUCAACAACACGACUGAACGAACUAUCUCGCAAGCAAGGUGCUGAAAACAAGUCCGUCGAGCUGUUCGAUGUCAAAUGUCACGUUCGACUGGCAGAAAUCGCACAUUCGUUGCUUAAAGUAUCACCUUAUGAUCCAGAAUCGAUGGCUUGUCGAGGAUUACAGAGAUACAUGCAAUGCAUAUUCCCCCGGGCUGAAUGGGCCGAUGAUCAUGGAAUGAAACCCACGCUAGUAACCAUCCUGAGACGUUUAGAUAAAGUUUUUCUUAAGAUUUCCAAGAAAACUUCUAUCCGGCGUAACACUGAUUGGGAAGCUGCCGCCGGCUUGCUAAAGGGCGUAUAUGAAUCUAUAAUCAGAUAUCCCCACGUACUUCAUUGGCGCGAAAUGAAAUCACUUCUGACAACGGUACAGAACCUAAUUGUAAAUGAACCUAGCAACUUCCCAGAGGGUGUUUCAAGUGCCGGGGCUGCUUUGAUGUCAAAAAGUCCACCGCCAUUUUUCUGCUCGCAAGUCGUGCGACUUGUAGCAUUGCAAGUGGUUAGCCCGGCCGAUUCCUUAUCGUUUGGAUUGGAACAAAUUUGUGGCGGAAGUGCAGAGUUCCCUACGCAGGAAAAAGCGGAACGUUUUCUAAUGCAUCUUCUGAUGCCGCUCUGUUUGAAAGUGUGCAGUGGCCGGAAUAUUUUGGAUAUAGGAGAAUUAAAACAAUCGGACAUUUCGUUCCUAGUGACAGCUGUUUUAAAUGCUAUGAGUCCGGUAGCUGGACGCACGGCUCAAUCGGGAAUGCAGAGUAACAGAACUGUCGGAGAUAUUCGAGCUGGUUCGUUGACUUUUACGGGUAGUCGUGAUGCUAAACGACCAGCUAAGAUAUCAAAUUCACUCUACCAGGCGACAUUCUUAGCCCUGAGAGUUUUAUGCAUUUGUUUCGAAUCACGAUUGUCCAACGAUUGGCCGAGGAUUGUACGGGUGAUGCGAGAUUUAGGACGCAGGAAUGAGGCUGCUCCGGAGCUGUGGAGUUUUCUGGAAUUCGUGGUUACCCAGAGAACCCCACUUUACAUAGUUUUGAUGCCAUUCAUUUUACAUAAGAUUUCACAACCACCUAUUGGUGAUCAUGAGAGGCAUAUGCAAUUUUUGAUUCGGGAACGAAUGCGAGGAAUGCCGCCGCCUGGUGGUGUCAAAUCGAGGGGAGCCAUUCUACUAGAACUGGCACGAGAGAUCCGGGAUCUUCGGGAAGAGUUGGAAGAAAAGCGCUACGAUCGCGACCCUCCACCACCAGAAGCUCCUCGAAGGGAAGUUUCAAAUGUCCCUCUGCCACAGGAACCUCCGAAACAUCAACAAAGGCCGUCACUGAUUUCGAUGUUCACUGGUGGUCCUCAAGUGCCCAGUUUCUCUUCCUUCCAGCAGGACUCACGCAGUGGCACGGGAGUUUGCACACCUAGCGAUACACUAUCACAACACACGCUUCAUGCACCACGGGGAGAAUCGCUAUCCAGUUCAACUACUACUACUAACAAAGAAAUUUUAAUGGCCGACAAUCAGAGCAGCGAUGGGAUAACGCUAACACCGGGUAUUGUACCCGAGGGUUGCCUUAUCCGGCAAGGCCCCUUAUCGGCUAUUUUAGCAGAAAGCGGUGGUAUGCCGCAUCUUACACACUCGAUUUCCAUGCAGCCUUCAUGUAAGAUUCAACCGCCAAAGCUAAGGUUUGUUUCCUCUGUUGAGUUCAAGACAUCAUCUGGCGAAACGUCGACAACGCCACUCUCGCCGGACAGCCUAGCAGAUGAUAGUUCAGGUGAGAAUCAGAAGCACCGACUCCAACGAUCCCGAGCGCAGAGCAGAAAAACUUUCCGAUGUCGCCGAGGGGCCUCAACGAGACCAAACAAUCACGGUGGAUCAGAAGCGAUUCAAUCCCCGUCAAUCGCUUCGGUCACUCUUCCACCGCUUAAUAUUAGCAGCGGCGGGGGAGGAUCGAUCGGUGGCGGAGUGCUCCCCGGAGAACCUCAUGAGCUGAUCAACAAGAAUAUCGUCGCCAUUGGGGACCUUUCCUGGGAUUCGGUGUCUCAAACGUCAUCCACUUCGGGAUACCGCGAUAACAACAGUUUGCAGACGGGAUUACUCUCACCAGACGGCUCACUAACGGGGGCCGCUCUGGGAGGAAGAUCCUCUUCGCAGCAUUCACUGUUGAUGCUUUUUGAAACGCAGGACGAAGAUACGUUAAUUUAGAAAAACAAAAUAUGCGCUUUCGAAAAAGAUACUUGUCCCCGCGGGGUUCCAACAGUUUUUAAACCGUUUUAAAGCAAAUGAUUUUUAAAUAAAUAAAUGUAAAACAACAUUAGGUUAGCUGUUAUCAUCAAAGUGUGGAACCAGCAACGGACUGGGUUAGGCGUGUUUAGGAACGGAUUGAAAUUGUAAACACAAAUUUAUCAUGUUUAACUGUUAGUGUCGUUGAAGCUUUCAAUGUGAAAGAACCUAUAAGUGAUGUUUAAGUUAACACAACAAGAAUGCAUUUUAACAACCAAUACACAAAAAUAUUUUAAGAAAAAUGCAAUGCAUUUGAAAUGAAUAAAGGCAUUUUAAAACAACAUACUAACAGUAUGUUAGCGCACAAAAUAUGUAAGAAUGAAACUAAUCAGUAUUCACAACACUAUUAUAAACCCCGCAAAUUGAGUGUUGCCAAAAAACGAAAAAUAUUUGAACCAUCGAUAAGACAAAAUACAAAAUACUUAAGUCCAAUUUAUGAACCGACAAAAUCAAAUAGGAAUCUUGAAAAGAAAUCCCACGUGACAAUGAGUAACGGCGACAUCUCUUUAUUAAAGCUGCGGAAACAAUAUUUUAGUGUAGGUACAUUUGUAUACUUUGGUCACUACUCACUCAAACUAUUUUAUUUAUUAAUGUUUUGAGACGAUAGUAUUUAUUGAUUCAUAAAGAUGCUCUAUAUAGAAUCAAAUUGUAGAAACCAACGGUAUUUAUAAACAUUUGUGAUGCAUUGUACCCACAUUAUAUUACAGUUAACUGUUGUUACAGCGUGUUAGGAUUGUUGUGAGCCCAUGUUUUAGGUCCCAGUUUUUUAUACCACCACGAACUGCAAAUACAUGAGUCUAGGGAUGGAUAUUUAUAUAGGUUUUGAAACUAUCCUAAUUUUUUGUUGGUAGGAAAAACGAUAUUUAUACAUCUAUUUGAACACAAUGACUUUAAGUAAGCUAGGAAACAAAACAAAAACGAAACAUGAUGUUAGCCAUUAUGCGAAGAAAAAUGUAACUACCCAUACAAAAAAAGUGCACGGAAACACCGUUAUGCAAACUAAUAAAAUUGAACGUUAACAAUGCCAAAUGUAGGAAAAUAAAAUCAUGGAUUUAGUCUAAGAUGAUGUAUUAAACAGUGUUAACCAGUAACAUAAACACAAGGUAUGUUGCCAAAAUAAACAAAGCAUCGAAAAAAUAGUCACUACUAGCUUAGAAUAUUUGGUAAUGAAAGUAAGUUCAGAAAAAGUUAAUUGCCUGAUUACUGUGGAAGUGAAGUCCAUCCUUUUUUUACAAUCAGAAGUAAAGUAUUGUGCAUUAAAUUUUCUGAUUUGAAAAUUUUUAUUUAAGACCUGGAACUCCAAUCCAAUGACGAACCGAUAAAGUAGAGUUCCAAAAAUAGAAAAUGAGUGUUGGCUGCGUCCUGAAUAACUAUUCAAUACGCGAUGGAAAAGCAUUUUCAAAGUUUGCUUUUUUAAGCCUGGUUUAGGGGGUCGGGAAGUCGUCUAUGGCCGGACAACAUAGAUUUUUCGAAAACACAAUAUCCUAAUAAUGUUUUAACACCAUGAAAACAAAGUAAAUAGUAGCCUGAUGCCUGAUAUGGUGUUAGAAAUAUGGUAAUUCAAUCUGAAAAGGUAAACCAAUGAUAGGCAUCUUAAGCUUUUGCCUAGUAGUACGGACGGAGAGGAUUGCCUGAACUUUGCAUUUGUAUUGUGGUCAGUUUUUGCGGCUUGUAAAAUUUGAACUGCACAUGAACGACAUCGUUGAUUGGUUAUCUUUCGACUACAGAAGAUAUGAGAUAACAAAAGGGAAAUUCAAACGAAAUAUUAGGAAAAUAAAAAAAUGCGAUUUGUCUAUGACCGGACAAGAAAAUAUUCAAAAUUAUAGAUGAUUUCAACUUGAAACUUUCAAUUUUUCAUCUCUAUAGCACCCUCAAAUGGUUAGCAGAAGAUAAGGAUUUAAUAACGAAACUAUUUUGGUCCUCUGAGAAACUUUAGAUUUUGCUGUCCGGUCAUAGAGAAUUUUUCUCUAGUUUUUUCGAAACAAAUGUUCCAUUCUGGGUUGUCAAAAAAACUUUGAUGACUGGCUUCAUAGAACGUUCAGUAUUGAAAAACACAUACUCACAAGAUCUGCGCCAGUAAUUUCAGUCAUUUUGCUACGUUUUUGUGCCAUUUGUGACAACUUUGCUGGAGUAGUUCGUAGUGUCCGGCCAUUGGCAACACUUUUGGAAAUGAGCGAAAACUAACAUGAAAUGAUUUCUCUUACCACAUGAAUAUGUAGUAAAUUAUUUUUUUUCUAAUAUAGUUUAGUGAUCAUAAUAUUGAUACUCUUCAUAUCAGUAGAGGAACCAAUAUUUACAAAAAUCUAUUUUUGAAGUUAUUGCUUAAAAACCUUAAGUGUCCGGUAGUAGACAACUUCCCCCUACACUUUUCGUGAAAAUCAACGUGAAAAAAUCUUAUUUUGUCAAUAUCUCAAAAAACGCGACACUAGUUCAGUGUGUGAAAAUCAAUCUGGCAUUUGUUUUUUAAAACCUUCAAGAACUGCUUUUGUUCCAAUCCUCCCGAUUUUCACCGCGGAAUUUUCAUUAUGACGGGGAAAUGGAAUAAACACAGUUCGAUGAGGUGGUCUUAAACAAUAAGACCAGUUGGAUUUUCAUAUUUCAACCAUUUCCCAUCGCUUCCACCAUUUUGUAAAGUAUGAUUUUUCACGAGAAGUGUAAAUGGGCCCAAGAAGAACGCAAGGAUUAUUUUCCAAUAAGAUAUUUAUAAGAUCGUAAAACCGUGAGAUUGUCAGUGAAAAAUAAGUUUCGAGUUCCUUGGCAUUUUCGAAUUGUAAUUUUAUUUCAAAUCACAAAGAUCAUAAUCAAAUGUUAUUUGAUUACAUAAUCAGCAGUAUUUCCCUUAGAACUAAAACUAAAAAUAUUAAAGGAAAAUAAAUUAUGAAACCUUUAAAAAAAACUCAAGGUUAUAGUAGCAGUUAACCUUGAAAUGAAAUUGAAUGAUAUUCCAGGUGAAAAAAAUGUUUUAAAUUAUAUGAACACAACAGCAAAACUUUAUCGCAAGCGGCACAAUAAUCCCUUUUAGAAAAAAAAAUCGUAAUAAUAGUCUGAUCUAAAUGUGAUAGAAAGCAAACAUAAAACCCAGCAAAACAUAAUUAAAAUUGUUGAUGUUAAUUAUACGUUAGAUGAAUAUGGUCGACAACGUAAAUCUUAAAAGAACAGUACUGAAGAAAACGAUACACGCAAAUAUAUAACCGUUCCCAAAAAAAAACUUGCUUAACGGCAACAUGCUUCCCCAUAUUUCAAUGAAUGAUCAAAGUUGUAGCUGAAAGAUAUGGCAUAAAUGUUUGUGGUUGUA